AUGGUAAUUGUUGGUUCAGUGUGGCAUAUGCUUUUAUUGACAUUAUUUCAAUUGAUUUUCAUCGUGUUCAGUGAAGGAAGAAAAGAUAAAACUCAUUAUGAAUCAAGUUACGUUUAUAUGCUCGUAAAAAAUGAAAUAAGUGGGAAAGAGCGACAGUUUUGUGUUAAUUACCAACAGUGGCGCAGUGACUUUAUCGCUGAAAGUGCAAUACAAGCAAAUGCUGUAGAAUUAGCUUGGUGGGGAGGUAUUGUUGGUAAUACAAAUGUUUGUGCAUCAAAUACCAGUGUAAAUUAUGCUGGCAAAGCUGUCGCGUUGAACUACAGGAUAACAGCAGAUGACGGGCGUUGUGCAGCACCAUUUGUUAUAUCUAACAUGAGUUUUAAAGGUGCGAUUCAGUAUGAGGUAGAUCAAUUAAUUUCACAGGAAGCAAGUGUUGCACUCAUACUUGUUGAUAGAGGACGCCAUUUUGUGAGCAGAUGGUUUGAUUAUUUGUUCGCUGAAUUUUAUGAUCCCGAUCUCAAUACAACAUUGCCGACAUUUUUUAUUUAUAAAAAUGUUUUUUUAAAUGAUUUAUUAGGUCUCAGCACAAAUAAAACAGGAAAAGAUCUUACCAUUAAAUUUUAUCGACCUUUAUAUUCUAUUUGGGAUUGGUCAAUGCUUAUUAUUUGGCUUCUUGCAGUUUUUUGUACUGGAGUUGGUGGGUUCUGGACAGGACGUACUAUAGGUGAUGAAGUAUCGCAAAAAAUCCACCGUAUCGAUGACACUCAAGCAAAAAAAGAUUCAUAUGAUAAAGAAACAAUAAAUUCAUUUGCAACUUGUGUUUCCAUUGCUCUCGUAAUGCUUAUUGUUAUUGGAGUGCUUAUGCUUGGCUUCUUUUUUCGGCCAGUGAUGGUAUUUGUUUUCAAUAUGUUUCUUGCAAUUAUUGGUAUAUUUAGCAUUCAUCGGUGUUUUAUGACGGUUAUUCAGCGUUACUGCAAAUCUACAUUAUCUUAUGGUUGUUCGUUACAUGAAAUGGCUCAGACUAUAUUUCGCAGAGAAUUAUUGCAUAUUAAUGAGUAUUUUUUAUCUAGGUCAUUCAUACUAUCUGUAAUUGUAUUCGUACUUUCCACUUUUAUUUGCGUAUCUUGGUUUAUUUUCCGGCGCAGUCCAUAUGCCUUUAUUCUUUUAGAUUUUAUAAAUGUAAAUAUUUGUUUAUACGCACUCAAAGGUUUCCGGUUUUCAUGUCUUAAGUGGUUAACCGUACUCUUAAUUUGUAUGUUCGUAUAUGAUAUAUUCAUGGUAUUUGGAACUCCUUUGCUUACCAGAAAUGGUUGUUCAGUUAUGAUCGAAGUAGCAGCUGGUACGGAUUGUUCAAAAUCGCAAGGUGUUUAUCCUGUUGCACCUAUAAAUAGCGACACACCAGAAAUGGUAAUGUUAUGUCAUUUCCCAAUGUUAUUUCAAGUACCACAUUUGCGUGAGCCGUUGAUCUCUUGCAUCGAUCUCGAAGUUGAAAAAGAUUUUCAUCCUGUAUUUCUUGGUCUCGGCGAUGUGAUAGUACCGGGGUAUUUAACAAGCUUUUGUUUCAUGGCUGAUUUAGCUAUUGGAACUUGUUAUCUUUAUGGCAUUGUUUCUCUGCAACAUAUUUUCCCACAAUUUAUAGGAUAUGGUGUUGGCCUUUUGAUGACUUUCUUAGCGCUAACAUUAAUGGAAAGUGCUCAACCAGCUUUAAUUUAUUUAAUACCCUUUUCGCUAUUACCAGUUAUGGUUCUUGCAUUAAUUCGUAAAGAGUUUAAAAUCUUAUGGAAUGGCCUCUUCGAAUUUAAAAAUGUUAUUCUAUUUUUAUGA